ACAAUGUGGUAGUUUGGCGUUCUUGUUUCUUGUGGCCAAUCGUACCAGCACUUUCCCCUCCAUUGUCACUGUUUUGAUUAUGUUUACAACAAUUAUUCUAACGACUGACUUAAUUAUUACGACUUAAGUGAUAAGGCUCACCGUGUCGUAAGCAGGUCUACAACUAGUCGUUAACAUGGCAACAAACAAGUGUCUUCAUUUGUUAAGAGGACGUUUCAGAGACCAAUUACGCUUUUGUAGGCACCUAACAACCCAAGGCCCGCUCUUCCCCGGCGCGCAGACCACCUGGACCUCCGACCUCACCUUCGUCACCGCCUCCACCUACACCCCCAUCCCCGUGUACCGCGUGAUGGACCGCAAAGGCGCCGUCAUCGACGCAACCCACGAACCCCCGCUCCCCGACACCACCCUCCUGAAGAUGUACACAGACAUGCGCCUCCUCAACACCAUGGACAAGAUCCUCUACGAAUCUCAGCGCCAAGGCCGCAUCUCCUUCUACAUGACCAACUUCGGCGAGGAGGCCAUGCACAUCGGCAGCGCCGCCGCCCUCACCGCCGCCGACGUGGUGUACGGGCAGUACCGCGAAGCCGGCGUGCUCAUGUGGCGCGGUUUCACUCUGCAGGAGUUCGUGGACCAGUGCUACGGUAAUCGGGACGACAAGGGAAAGGGCAAGCAGAUGCCGAUCCACUACGGCUCGAAGGAGCUGAAUUUCGUGACUAUCUCGAGUCCUUUGGGGACGCAGAUGCCGCAGGCGGUGGGGGCGGCGUACGCGCUGAAAGGGAGCGGGAGGGUGGUGAUCUGUUAUUACGGGGAUGGGGCGGCGUCGGAGGGGGACGCUCAUGCCGCGUUUAAUUUCGCGGCGACGUUGGAGUGCCCGGUGAUUUUGUUCUGCAGGAAUAAUGGGUAUGCGAUUUCUACGCCGGUGAGGGAGCAGUACAGGGGGGACGGGAUUGCGGCGAGGGGGCCGGCGUAUGGGGUGCACACGCUGAGGGCGGAUGGGAAUGAUGUUUUGGCGAUGUAUAAUGCGACGAAGUUGGCGAGGGAGUACUGCGUGAAGGAGCAGAAGCCGGUGGUGAUCGAGGCCAUGGGGUACAGGGUAGGUCACCACUCCACAUCAGACGACAGCACAGCGUACAGAAGCCAGGAAGAAGUGGAUCAGUGGACCAGCAGUGAUAAUCCCACAGUCAAGUUUAAAACAUACUUAACCAACAAGGGUUUAUGGAACGAGGAAAAAGAAAAGGAAUUCAUCAAGAAAGCUCGUCAAGACGUCAUGACAGCGUUCGUCGCUGGUGAAAAGAAACCCAAACCCGAAUGGACCGAGUGUUUUGAAGAUGUUUACAAAUACAUGCCGGAACACAUUAAGCAACAGAUGAAUCAAAUGAAGAGUCACGUAGAGAAAUAUAAGGAACAUUACCCUGUUGAUGAGUUUGCUUGAUCAUUUUAAAAUUUAAGUCAAUAAAAACGGUGCUUACAUUCCAA